CUCAUUUUUUUUUUCCGCUUCUUUUGUUCUCUCGCCAUCUCCUUCCCAGCCCCGGAAAUCCCGCAACACAGCCCGUCGCCGUCGCCGUCGCCUUUGCUCUCUCGCUAAGUUGUGCUUCAUUCCCGAUCACCGAUAUGGAUCUCCCCAGCCUCGCUGUCAUCCUCCAAGCUGCUCUAAGUCCCAAUCCAGAUGAACGCAAAGCCGCCGAACAUAGCCUCGAUCAGUUUCAGUUCACGCCACAGCAUCUUGUGAGGUUGUUGCAGAUCAUCGUGGACAAUAAUUGUGACAUGGCCGUGCGCCAAGCAGCAAGCAUUCACUUCAAGAACUUUAUAGCUAAAUACUGGACACCAAUUGAUCCCAACGAGCAGCAGAAGAUCUUGCCGAAUGAUAAAAACUUGGUGAGGGAGAACAUUCUUCCCUUUGUUGCCCAAGUUCCCUUAUUGUUGAGGGUGCAAUUAGGUGAGUGUCUUAAGACAAUUAUUCAUGCUGAUUACCCAGAGCAGUGGCCAGCUCUUCUUGACUGGGUGAAGCUUAACUUACAAGGCCAACAAGUUUAUGGAGCUUUAUUUGUCCUGCGGAUUCUAGCAAGAAAAUACGAGUUCAAGUCAGAGGAGGAGAGGAUUCCUGUUUCUCGCAUUGUUGAGGAAACAUUUCCUUGUCUUCUUAAUAUAUUUAGUGGCCUAGUCCAGAUUGUCAACCCAUCACUGGAAGUAGCUGAUCUGAUCAAACUUAUUUGUAAAAUUUUCUGGUCAUCUAUAUAUUUGGAGAUUCCAAAGCAGUUGCUUGAUCAAAUUGUGUUUGAUGGUUGGAUGGCUCUUUUCUUAAUUGUUUUGGAGAGACCUGUACCACUGGAAGGGCAACCUAUGGAUCCUGAGCUUAGAAAAUCAUGGGGCUGGUGGAAGGUGAAGAAAUGGACAGUUCACAUUUUAAACAGACUGUAUACUAGGUUUGGAGAUAUAAAGCUUCGGAACCCAGAAAAUAGAGCAUUUGCCCAAAUCUUUCAGAAGAAUUACGCAGGGAAGAUAUUGGAAUGUCACUUAAAUUUAUUGAAUGCAAUCCGGGUUGGUGGCUAUCUGCCAGAUAGAGUUACCAACCUUAUUCUUCAAUAUUUAAGUAGCAGUAUCACAAAAAAUAGCAUGUAUAAUUUGUUGCAACCACAGCUUGGAAUUCUUCUUUUUGAGAUAGUUUUCCCCCUCAUGUGCUUCAAUGACAAUGAUCAAAAGCUCUGGGAUGAAGACCCUCAUGAGUAUGUCAGGAAGGGUUAUGAUAUAAUUGAAGAUUUAUAUAGUCCAAGGACUGCUGCCAUGGACUUUGUUAGUGAGUUAGUUAGAAAACGUGCAAAAGAGAACCUUCAAAAGUUUAUUCAGUUCAUUGUGGAAAUUUUCAAGAGAUAUGAUGAAGUACCAGUCGAAUAUAAAUCCUAUCGGCAAAAGGAUGGUGCUCUGCUGGCUGUUGGAGCACUUUGUGAUAAACUAAAACAAACUGAGCCCUAUAAAUCUGAGCUGGAAAGAAUGUUAGUGCAACAUGUUUUCCCCGAGUUCAACAGUCCUGUUGGUCAUCUUAGAGCCAAGGCUGCUUGGGUUGCAGGGCAGUAUGCUCAUAUUAGCUUCUCAGACCAAAACAAUUUUCGUAGUGCAUUGCAUUGUGUUGUUUCUGGUUUGCGCGAUCCGGAACUUCCUGUUCGUGUUGAUUCAGUUUUUGCAUUGAGAUCAUUUGUUGAAGCUUGCAGAGAUUUAAAUGAGAUCCGGCCAAUUCUUCCUCAAUUACUUGAUGAAAUUUUUAAACUUAUGAAUGAGGUUGAGAAUGAGGAUCUUGUUUUCACUUUGGAGACAAUAGUUGACAAGUUUGGGGAGGAAAUGGCUCCUUAUGCUCUAGGGUUGUGCCAGAAUUUGGCAGCUGCUUUUUGGAGGUGCAUGAACACUGCUGAGAAUGAUGAUGAAGCUGAUGAUCCUGGUGCACUAGCUGCAGUUGGUUGUUUACGUGCCAUAAGCACUAUUCUUGAGUCUGUCAGCAGACUUCCUCACCUUUUUGUCCAGAUUGAGCAGACUUUGCUGCCAAUCAUGCGUAGAAUGUUGACAACUGAUGGACAAGAGGUGUUUGAAGAAGUUUUGGAGAUUGUCUCAUAUAUGACUUUCUUUUCUCCGACAAUUUCUUUGGACAUGUGGAGCCUCUGGCCUUUGAUGGCUGAAGCACUGGCUGAUUGGGCCAUAGAUUUCUUUCCAAAUAUUUUGGUUCCUUUGGACAAUUAUAUAUCUAGGGGAACUGCACAUUUUCUUGCUUGCAAGGAACCAGAUUACCAGCAAAGUCUCUGGAAUAUGAUUUCAACGAUAAUGGCAGAUAAAAAUUUAGAAGAUAAUGAUAUUGAGCCAGCUCCAAAGCUUAUUCAAGUAGUUUUUCAAAAUUGUAGAGGUCAGGUGGAUCAUUGGACUGAGCCUUAUCUUAGGAUCACAGUUGAUCGGCUGCGUCAAACUGAGAAGUCGCAUUUGAAAUGUCUUCUCAUGGAAGUGAUAGCUGAUGCACUUUACUAUAAUGCAUCCUUAACGCUUGGCAUAUUGCAUAAACUUGGUGUUGCCACUGAAGUAUUCAAUCUUUGGUUCCAAUUGUUGCAACAAGUCAGAAAGAGUGGUCUGAUGGCUAAUUUUAAGAGGGAACAUGAUAAAAAGGUAUGUUGUCUGGGCUUGACAUCAUUACUUGGACUUCCUGCUGAUCAACUGCCUGGGGAGGCUCUGGGGCGUGUUUUCAGGGCUAACCUUGAUCUCCUAGUUGCAUACAAAGAUCAAGUUGCAGAAGCUGCAAAGGAGGAAGAUGCUGAUGUUGAUGAUGAUAUGGAUGGCUUCCAGACCGAUGAUGAUGAUGAUGAAGGUGAUGGAUUUGACAAGGAAAUGGGAGAAGAUGAAGAUGGGGAUGAAGCAGACAGCCUUAGACUUCAAAAAUUGGCUGCCCAGGCAAGGGCUUUACGUGCAAAUGAUGACGAUGAUGAUGAUGACACGGAUGAUGACUUCAGUGAUGAUGAAGAGUUGCAGUCACCAAUUGAUGAGGUGGAUCCUUUUGUUUUCUUUGUGGAUACAGUCAAAGUCAUGCAAGCUUCCGAUCCUCUGAGGUUCCAGAACCUUACACAGACGCUAGACUUCCAUUAUCAAGCACGUGCAAAUGGUGUUGCCCAGCAUGCUGAACAAAGAAGAGCAGAAAUUGAAAAGGAGAAGCUAGAGAAGGCUUCUGCUGCUGUUGCUUCUACGUAAAUUAAGCAUUGGAAUCGAGUGAAAUGAAGUUUUGUUUGCAUGUCCAUUUAUAAAUGGUUUAUGGAAACCAAGAGCUGGUUCCUAUCCCAUCAAAGCAUUUGCUGGGUUAUUGGGUCUGUGAAGUUCAGGUGAGCCAUGAGCCACAAAGGUUUUUUGGGUUCAAAAUGCAUUAUGUGAGAGUCCAAAGUCUGCAAUUUUGUGGUCAGCAAGGUCGAUUCCUUGGCAGAAUAAGCCUUUCUCAACCGAGUUUGCUAUGUUUUGCCUGUUGUCUAUACACUUUUGUUUGUCAUUUCAUUUUGGUUGGAAAAAAAAUACCCCUGCCUUAGGGGUUAUAUUUUUGGGGACUCAUUAGCCUCGUUCAAUUGCCAGGAAUAGGGAGGGUUCCGUGAUACCUAUACCUUGCAAGGUUAAAUAGUUUUUUUUAUAAAAUUAGGUGCUCUGCUGUGUCUGUGUUGAUUAUGUUUUUUCUUUUUUCCUUUUUUCUUCAAUUUUAGAGCAGGAAUCUCAAAAUAUUGGAUAUUUUUUGGGGAGAUGAUGGGAUGAGGGUUCCCAUUGUAAGAGAUGGUUAAUUCUUUUCAUGGUGUGGAUUAAUGAGAGCAAUUAUUUUUUGUAUGUUUGCUGCUUGUGUUUAAAAAAAAAAAAUGUUUAAU